UUUAGUGCAUAAUAAUUGUAGAUUAUGUUAAUUAGAGGCUGUAAAACUCUUGAGGUUGGUGUAUAGAAAAUAUAUUUUCACACACUUUGUUACUAGCAUUACAAACUUUAGAGGGCUUGAAGACAGUCACAACCUUACAAAUGUCGGUCGAGUUUUGGCACAUAUUCCCGCUUGCUACAUCAUGAUUAUACGGAACUUUCUGGACUUUUUAUUCAUUCUCCUUCUGCUUCCAAGAGCCGUAAAUUCACAAAGCAAAUCCUGUAAGGAGGACAGUGUUGCCGGUCCCGACAAUCCAAAAGACUUUAACAAAGAUUUUGAUAAAGAUAAAGGAUAUGGCUAUGUUGUGUACGGGGACCUUUAUAAAGUGGAUUGCUGUGGCACGGUAAAGCAAUGGCAGUUUUCUAUUGGUGACAAUGGUAACAUAGAGCUGCAAAUAUGGAGACCGUCAGAUAAAAAGAAUAAACAAUUCAAACUGAUUGGACUUAAUAAAUACACCGUUACUAAAAAGGACCGUAAAUCAGGUUAUGUUACCUUUGAUGUGAAUGCUAAAGAUCGUUUGUCUGUGGAGGAGAAUGACGUCAUUGGUUGGUACGCACCAGGGGACUCGCUUGUAGACUACACGGACGGUACCUCCAAUGAUGGCAUAUGGAAAGUCAAACAUGACGACAAACUGAAGACUGGUGACACAGUGGAUUUUAGCGGAGGUUUAAAACAAUCUUCCAGAACGUAUGGUAUACAGGCCGCUUUAGCACCCAAUACACCUCCAGAAUUUGAUCUUCUACUGGCUACAUCGAUAAGCAUGAAUGCUGAAAUAGGUAGUACUGUAUAUACAGUAGAAGUGAAGGAUGCAGAUCCAGCAGACGUAAAAGAUUUGAAAGUUGAAAUGCUAACAAAGAAUGAUUUCUUCGCGUUUGAUCCUAAAACAGGAGUGCUGUCUGUUCGUUCUGAAAUCACUGUGCCAGAAGGCGGUGAUGUAGUCACAUUUGACUUUAAAGUAACCGAUCAUUGUGGAGCUGAAGGAACCGGUUCACUAACGGUACAUAUAGACUAUGUAGCAUCAAGACCAACGUUUCCACCCCGCACAGUCACAGACGCCAAACCGACAACAGUCACGGACGCAAAAACUACGAGACAGGUAAAAACAACAUUACAAGAUAAAACUACAAAAGAGGUGCAAACUACAAAAACUACAAAAUCGACAAAAACUACAAAAGACUCAAAAACUACAAAGUCUAAGCAAACCACUAAAACGUCUGUCACUACAAACACUGUUACGGCGACAGACAGUAAUACAGUAAAAGACAAAACAACUGCCACAUCUGUUCCUCCUACAGAUCAGGAGCCUUCAAACAGAACAUUGGUUGCACCGAACACUGGAUCAUCAGUCGAUGCUGGGCUGAUAGCCGGUAUAGCUGCUGGAAUUGUCGGCCUUAUCAUCAUCAUUGUGGUCACUGUUGUUUGUGUCGCCAACAAGAAAGCGAAGAUCAGGCCUACAAGAACUGAUCCAGAAAAAGCAAACCAUAAACCUCAAGACAGCAAUACAAACAAGGACAAUAAAGAGAAGCAAACUUCACCUGAUAAAAGACCUCCCACUGAUAGCAAAGCUAUUAUGAAUGGAAAACCACAUGUUAAAGAUAAGGGUUAAGACAUUGACAAUUUGUGUGUUAAGUCUGUUUCAAUAGUAAUUUAUGUAAGGCCAAAUAUUCACCAAUAAUCAAAAGCUUACGUUGCACAGAAAAUAGAUCUUUGCCCGUUUUACAAUUAGGAAAGGAUAUCUAGAAGAACCAUGUAAACGGUACGACGAGGUUAUACAUUUGCGGAAUGAUUUCACGUGGCGGCAUAUAACCGAUUCGUAUUCCUGAGAUAUGUUAAAACAUGGUUCUGUUAAGUAUUAUUUUGAUUCUAAUAUGUCUUUUAUGUACACGAGUAAUUGAAAUACCGAAGCACUAUUUCAUGGCGCGUAAUCAACGCGUAUCUGUGCUUUAAGAUUUUAAAAUAUGGGAAGUAACACGUCCCGCGGAAUAACUUAUGGAGAGUAUAGACGUCUAAUACUAGUAAAUUGCUUUUUCAAGCGUAAGAACUUAUAUAAUGUGUGCAUGAAUUAAGUAUAACACUAUUCCGUUAUAUCAUUUCGAUUCUGAAACGUCUUUUUUAUAAAAUGAUAGAUUAGAUAUAGCAGCACUCUUAUUUGGCGCCUGUAUGACGCAAAAUGAUAUGACGACGUGACGUCAGUUUUCCGUGUUUUAACGGAAACUUGCAUGGAUUUUUCAUAUUAGAAUAGUAGUUAGAACAUUUGUCCCAAAGUUUCGUAAUAUUUGAAAAAAAAAAUCCCGAAUUAUUUGUGUUUGCUGUGGCACUAGCGCACAGGCAAUACCCUCCUACCUCGUCAUUGAAGGAUCCCCAUCUAAAACAGUAUUUUGAUGUUGUUGACCCAUUCUUAUUCUUAACACUUUUAGCUACUAACGCGCAAUACGAACGAAUAUAAACUAGAUACCUUAAAAUGUCAAGCUGCUUAAGACCUGAUUUUAUGAUUUGCAAAAUGUGUUUUAUCAUACAUAGCACGGAGACAAUAAUGAUGCCGUACAUGGCUGAUAACACUGUCGCACGUGCAUUCAACAAAUCAGUUUUAGAAAAAAAUGUGUUUUGAAAUUAAUUGACGUCAAUUUUAGUGCUACAUGUAUAUUAAAGGCAAGAAAUUUCAAUGACUCCUUAGAUGGCAAAAUAGUUUUAGUACACGAACUGUUAGAAAUACGACUGUGAUAAUAAGUCAAAUAGCGACACUAUCAUUAAGGCCACACCAAAUUAAAAAGUUGUUCGUCGCAUUUGCCGCGCGUACAUUUUCAGAAACACAUUUUUUGUUUUGUUUUUGACUUGCGCUCGCCCCAUUGAAAAAAUUCAAGGCAAAAUAUUUUGGUGCGCUACCUUUUACGGACAUAACAGUGUACAAAUGCUUAUAAUUCCAGUCCAAGAUUGUUCUUAAAUGUAAUUUAAUCACAAUUAAUACAUUUCGUCUAUAAUAUAUGAGGACACUUCGAUUUAGUUGCAUUAAAGUUAUUUCCCCUUAUGCAGUUACGCCAUUUUCUUCCAAUGUUUACCAAAUUGAAUUGGUACUAAAAUCGGACUUAUUUCAUUGAAAAUUGGAUGAAAACUCACACUAAUUUAUUUGAUAACAUCAAUGUACAUUAUUUUGGUAAAGGUACAUACAUAUUGAUGCAUGUCACUUUUCAGUUUUCUGUUUUUCCUGUCAAAAUGAUCAGCAUUUUUAUACGAAAGUGGGUGGGGUAUGGAAUUUACAUUAUGAGUUGUGUUCAGACCAAUUUAAAGCUUCAAACUUUUCGGUCCUGGAGUAGAAUAAUGUUAAUGCACGAUAAUCACCAUGUCAGACCUUAAUCGAAACUUUAUUUCAACAAAUUUGAUAUGUUAAGAAAGUUUAAAGUUAGAACAAGAGCUAGGGAGCUGGCCAUAAGACAGCAUGUUCGACUUUUCUCACUGCCUGACCCUGAAUUAGAGCUUUGCCAGUAAAAGGGGCAUAACAGUCGAUAGCUUUGAAAGUAACAGAGAUAUUGGAUGUUAUAUGAAACUUUAACCAAACAAAUCUAAGUUGUUAAGUGGCAUAAUUAUUCAAAUCAGAGUUAUCGGGAUUGUUUCUCCUGGUGUAGACUUAUGCAUUGUUGUAUAUUACAUAUUUUCUAACAGCAUUUUGAAAUGCAUACAUUAUUUGAUUACACUCUACUGCAUGCCGAUGUUAUUACCUUUUUCCAUGAGUAUCUGCAGGUCAAAAUGUACCCAAACCAAAUUGUACCCAUGUUUUCUCAAAUCCCUGGUGAAUUAUUUCUAAUGUAAAAGGGCUAUACAUUCUAUUUUAAGGUUUUUAUUAGUUAAUCGAGAACCAAAACAAGACAAAUAUAUUUCUUCGCUCUUCGCUCGCUCCUGAUUUUCUCAAAAACAAAAACAACUAUUUAAUUAUUUUUUCGCUCGUCGACACAAUAUUUUCAGAAAAAAAUCCGAUGAACAACUUUUCAGUUUGGUGUGGCCGAAUGCAUUAUUUAUUUUCAUCCAUAACAUAUCCGCAUAUUUAUGUGCAUUUAACAGAAAUGCUGCAUGUAUGUUGCACCUGAAAGUAAAGAUGACUUGAAAUUACAUGUUAUUUGAUUUCGUUUUUAUCCGACAUAAAAUUGAUAAAAAAUACAGCCCUGGACAAAAGUCCAACUGGAAAAAAAAACAGUUUUAAAGAACAAAGCCACCCAUACAGCAUCCACAUGGAAAUACGUUAUAUU